UUUGGUGAUGGCGCGGGGCGGAGCCAGAGAGUGUCCCUGCGCGUCAGAGACAUCCGCUUCCGGGGCCACGGCCGUCGGACUGAGGGGCUCGGCAGGUCGGCCAGGCUGCGUUCGGUGUCUCAACCCGCAAGCUACACUCCUUAAGAAUCAGCUACCCUUGCUUCCUUGUCCAUCGUCUCCGCCAAUCAUGCUGGAACAUCUGAGUUCGCUGCCCACCCAGAUGGAUUACAAGGGCCAGAAGCUAGCUGAACAGAUGUUUCAGGGAAUUAUUCUUUCUUCUGCAGUAGUUGGGUUUAUCUACGGGUACGUGGCUGAACAGUUUGCGUGGACUGUCUACAUAGUUAUGGCCGGAUUUGCCUUCUCGUGUUUGCUGACACUUCCUCCAUGGCCUAUCUAUCGCCGACAUCCCCUGAAGUGGUUACCUGUUCAAGACUCAGGCCCAGAAGACAAGAAAUCAUCGGGGGACAGAAAAAUGAAGAGACAUGCCAAAAAUAAUUGAUCGGCGCUUUCACGAUUCAAGUCAUAUUUUAACUUAUAACUGUUUUAUACCAUCUCUUCAUAAUCUUGUUAUGGAGAACAGGAAUAUAAGUAUGCAAUGCUUCUUUCAGGUGUACAUGAUGAAUAAACACCUCAUAACUGCUAGCACUUUUUUUUCUAAUAGAGUUUUGCAAUAGGUUAUCACUAUGUAGACCAGGCUGUCUCCAAGCUCAAAAUCCCCCUGCUUCAGCUUCCCAUACUGCUAGGAUUACAGGCAUAUGCUACCACACCUGGCUUGAUAGCCCAAUUUGUUUUUUUUGGUUUUGGUUUUGGUUUUUUGUUUUUUUUGUUGAGACAGGGUUUCUCUGUGUAGCUUUGCGCUUUUCCUGGAACUUGCUUUGUAGACCAGGCUGGCCUUGAACUCACAGAGAUCCGCCUGGCUCUGCCUCCGAGUGCUGGGAUUAAAGGCGUGCACCACCA